AUUGCAAGAUCGCACUGCGGUCACACUGAAGCAAACAACUUCAAAUAAUACCGUACAGUUUAAAAGAAGAAGAUUUCCCAUUUCGCGUUGUUAAAUUAAUUAAAUAAUACGUAUAUACUUGUGCGGAGAAUGGAAUCCACUAAAGAAAACGAUGCUGGCGUCUUGGCGCCGUCGCAGGAGGACGCCAUUGCAGCUGAAACAAACACUCCAGUGGCAAAAAAAACGCGACAAGCGAUGCGAAAGAGGAUGGACAGCACUGUAGAUGAGUCGGAACUGCAUUCCGAGCCACCGAAGACACCGGGUACUAUGGGCUCUGGCGCUCUAGGCAGCGAAACGCCCCGACGCAGCUGCAGGAAGAGUGUACGGCCGCCCAUUGACUAUGAAGACAUAGUGCGAUCCGCCAAGAAAUUGAUUUCGGAUGAAAUUGAUGUCCAAGAAGAAGGACAGCAGCCAGCUGUUCACAAAUGGAAUGCAGCUGAGGUUGGCAAGAGCACACGCAAGCGCGCCCGCAAAUCCAAGCGGAUGACCAGCAAGAAGCUAAAAGCGGAGCAGGAUGAGCAGGGGUCUACUGGUACAGAGCAACCCGGGGAUAAACUGCAGGAAGAGGAUAAACCGGAGCAGCUAAAGGAUAACCUGAAGCAGUCAGAUGUCCAAGAAAUGCAGGCAGAGGAUAAACCGGAACAGCUAAAGGAUAACCUGAAGCAGCCAGAUGUCAAAGAGAUGCAGCCAGAAGACAAACUUGAGCAGUCAGGGCUCAAAGAGAAGCAGCCAGGGGUUAACGAGGCAGAAGACAUCAUUGAGAUGCCAAAAUCAAAAUCCAAGAACAAAACCGUUUCAAGGAAGAGCUACAGGGUAACCAAAAAAGCAGAUACACCCGCUCAAUCGACGCUCAAGAAGAAACGCAAUGCUAUAUACAAGCAUAUUGUGGGCGACGAAGAUAUCGAGGAGCUAGGCUUAACUCCACUAGACGCCGAAAGCUGCGAGGAGGAUGCAGGCGAAAAGACCUUACAGAACGAUAAGAUGGUCCCACUCGCAUUGGAAGAGAAGUUCGCUAAAACGCCAGAGACCCUGGGUGAAUCCUAUGGAGUAGGUGGGCAAGCCGUCCAGGAAGAGGAAAUGCCGCUUCAACCGCUUGAAGAGGAAGAAAUGGCAUCGCUAAUUAUGCUCGACGAUGAUGAUGAAGCCGAGGUGCGGCCACUGAAUACAACGUUCGAUGCAGAUGACAUCAAACAAGAGGAUCUGAGUGUCAUCCUAGUGGACAGUCCUUUGGUUGAGUCAGUGAGGGAGGGACCGAAGUCAUCGAUUAAAGUGGUCCUCACUAACUCAGACGAUAAAAAUGAGACUCUAUUAAACCUUGAAUAUACAUCACAAAAGCCAAAGGGCAACCCUUUUCCCAUGCCAUUUGUAACAAAAACCGAGCUAUUCGAUUCCUCGGAGCCAUCUGAAAGUGACCAGAAUAAGUUGAAGGCAGAACCCAGAUAUGGACGAAGACGUUCUAAGUCGGCCAACGGAUUGAACGAUGAUACCAUGUCGCGGACCGUCAGUUUCCGAAAUUCUCCCAUCGAGAUAGUCAGUGUCGCCGAAAUCGACCAUCGCUGGAAAGAGGCCGCCGCCCCUAAAAAUGUCACCAAUCGCCGCAAACGCUCCAAGUCGUUGGAUGAGAAAAUCGUAUUUACCAGCCGCCUUCCCAAGCCCAAAAUUCAAGGGCUACCCAAGCCCAAGCCUGUUACACCCAGUCAGGUGAAGAAGCGCACCAAGCUCCCCGAUUUUUCAGCUCUUCAUCAGAAAGAGUUCGCAAAGAUGGAGAGCCUGGUUGAUCACGUGGAGCGUAAGGCCGAGCGCGCCAAAAUCCUGACCACUUCAGCCUUAAAGAAGCCGCUAGGAUCCGCAGCCAAACAAGCGCAAGGCUUCACUUCUGCAGCAGAGCGUAUACAAGGCGCACGUCCAAAGGCUUCAAAGAAAUUCGAUAUUGCGGCUGUUUCUACUGUGGCAGCUAAAAAUCCAGAGAAGAGUCUGCCUCCAUCCCGACUGCCACUGAAGAGCGCCCAUAAUGUAACAGCGGUACCGCGGCCAGCUUUCAAUCUGUCCACCGCCACAGUCAAAACUUUCAAUGCCACAUUUAGCAGCAAGCCUGCGGAGCCGCGGAAGGACAAGCUGGCGGAGCGGCGACAACGCCACAUGGAUAUGUUCAAGGGCAGAGCAGCGACGAAGGCUCCAGACAAGAAGGCGGCAAUCAUCCGUGGAGUGCGUACGAAUCGGCGCUUUGAGCUGCAGAUGCAGCACCGUAAACAUCUUGAGGAGGAUUAAUUUUAGUGUUUUAUCUGUUUAUUCUUUAUUUUAAAAAAUGUUAAAAAGUAUUUAAGUAUUUGCGUCGAGUCUCCUUUUGUCAAGAAUUCGUCGCUUUAAGCUGUAGAUGCAGCACCCUGAACAAUGUGUUUAGUUUUUUUCUCUUUAAUCUGUAUUUAAAUUCAAGUAUUUGCGUUAACGUUUUUGCUUUUGUCAGAAAUUCCUUCGAAGAAGUUGGAUCUAUUUAAAUUCGUUUUUUCUUUAUCCAUACAUACUUACAAAUAAUGUGGUUUUUAUACUUUUAACUAACGUGCAUUUCAAUAAAAGUACGCAAGCAAAAGGUAAAUGCCUUAAAAAAACAAA